AUGGCUGAGAAGAUAUCCGCCGAGUUCGGGCGGAUGCGGGUAACGCCGAAAAAGAACGAGUCAGUGGGUCCGAAAUAUACAAAGGUGAGAGUAUUCUAUUGAAACUUCGAAAUUGGGUCAUUUGUUCAGGAAGGAGGAGAAUUACUGGUCCAAGAACGGCGGCCGGCAACAAAAGACGACAUGAGCCGAUAUGACCAAGUCACGAGGCUUCUGGUCAAUUGGUUCCGCAUCUCGAACAAUAUCGAGGGCAAGAUUGUGAGGAUAUGGCUCUGAAAUUGAUAUAUUUCAACGAGAAAAGCUGAUAGGUUCACAAAUAAGUUGGGAAAAUGAGGAAAGUCGCUAAUUUUGAGUUUCUUUCUUAAAUUUUGUUUCAAAGCGCUGCAAUUUCUUUACUCUAAAAAACUUCAUUGGCCACUCAAGUGGUUCCCCAAGGAAUAUUUGGAGAGGACACUAAAGGGGCCACUAUUUUGCGCCUUAGUGGCCACUAGUUGCACUUAGACUUUUAAAAAGGCCACUAAUUUUUAGAAACUUAAGCGGUCAUUAUUUCGACUACUAUAGUGGCCAUUAAGACGUUAAAACCCUUAAGCGACCACUAGAAAUUUUUCCAGCAACUUGAACUUUCCGAAUUUCCAACCAGUCCGCUCUCAGCUUGUCGUUUUUAAAAAUUAAAAAUAAUAAAUUUCUUAAAAAAUAAAAAAGGCUGUUCUAAAACCCUCAUGAAGAUUAUUAAAGGCCCAGAAAAUUUUCGAGGCUAAAAAUAACCCUAAAAGCAGCAGUUCGUCUCGAGAGACUUUUUCGAAAUUUGUCGAUGCUCCUUUAAAGAGCAAGGAUUUUAACUCGAAAAUUUUUUUUUGAAAAGCAUUUUCUUCACAUUCCAGUCUAUUAAAAAUUUCAUUUUUCACCGUUUUUCGAGGUAAAAUUUCUUGAAAAAACCAAAAUCUCAUUUUUUUCGAACUCUAAAAUACCUCCCAACACUUAGAAAAAAAUUUCAAAUCUCUAAGAUUUUUCUUAAAGAAUAUUUUUCUCAUCAUUUCAGUCUCUAAAAUCUCAAUUUUUUACCGUUAUCAGGCAAAAUUUCUUGAAAAAACCCAAAAAAUCCAUUUUUUUUUUCAAAUUUAGUACUCCUCUCGUCAUCCUAGACCACUAAAGUCUUCAUUUUUCCAGGUAAACGAGUACGAAAUCGAUUUAUUCGAAGUGAGAAGCCCGCCGCCGCGAAGAGGGCGGGGCGGGGGUCCGCCCCGGGCGGGCAGACCCAUCGAGAAAGCGAUCAAGAGCAAGUAACCAAUAAAUAAACCAAAAGAAACAGGGAUCUCACGUAUUUCAGAGAGAAAUUGAUCCAAGUCUUCUGGUUUUUCAUUCGUUCUGUCGACUUUGAUCGCAGAACCGGCGUCAUUUUCGACGAUUUUCAGACUUUUUGGACCUGCGAAAGGCAUCUUUUCAAUCGCGAGUAUGAUGUUCCGCAUCCGACGGUGAGAAAAGAGAUAUUUUCUUGGAAAAAAAAUAUUUUUAGUCCCAAAAUAUGGCACAUUACUGUCACUAAUAGACUUCAUAGUUGAAAAAAAUGAUCAUAAUUUCAAAAAAAUGAGGCCAUUUCGACUCGAAAAUUAUCAUAAAAGCCCAUUUUUUUUUCGAGGAGGAUGAUAAUGCAAUAGCAGAAAUGAAAAGAAUAAACAAAUGACGGGAUUGAAACAGAAAUGUCAAGUAAAAAAAAUUUUUUUUUCAAAAUCUUAAUUUUUUUGCUCAAGGUCUGUACAGAAGUUCAUAAAUUUUCAUUUUUCGAAAGUUCCCUAGAAGGUCAGUUAGAGAUUCCCCUCCAGGGAUCACUUUAUCUCUUCCUAUAGGGGCCACUGAAGCAUGCAAAAGGAAUCACUACAAAAAAAAAAUAAAAGUCUCCUAUAGGGACCACUUAAGCUUUAGAGGCUCGUGGGGUCCGAUCCUAAAUCCCUAUAAGGACCACUUGAAUUUUCGCCCUCUAGGGACCACUGCUUUGUCCACUAAAGGGCUAUUUUCUCUUAUAUUCACUCUAGGGACCACUGGGAGUCUCUGAAAUUAUUUUGUAUGAAAAUCUUAGCUGCAAGUCUUUCAAUAACACGAAAAAUUGGUCUCCGACUUGAAAAUAUUAGAAAAUUUAUUUAUUUUUUCUUUAAAUAGCAAGGAUUUUUCAACAAGAUUUUUCAUUUUUACCACAUUUUUAUCAAAAUACAACUUUUCUUGUCAUUUUUCAUAGCUUUUUUAGUUUUUUUAUAAAGUUUUUAGUUUCAUUUUAACAUCUUUUGACGAUUUUCUAAAGCUUUUUCAAGUUUUUUUACCGUAUUUUACUCAAAAUUCAACCUCUCAACAAUUUUUAAGAAGCUUUUACUUUUUUUUUUCGCACUUUUAAUUGAAUUUUAAACAUUUUUUGACGUUUUUUGUCAUUUUCCAGAAGUCAGGCCUGAAGUAUAGGGCCAAAAUAAGACACCUAACUUCAUAUCCCUUGACUUUUUCCGGCCAGGGACCCGAGGACUACGAAGAAGUCAAUAGAACCCACAAAUUCAUGAAGGUUUUCCCUAUUUUGAACCUCUAAAAUCGAAUAAAUUGAAAUAUUUCAGUGUCUCUUGACGCAAAGAGCGAGAUAUGUGAGUGGGGAUGGAGAGGACGACGUUCAGAGGUGACCACUUAAGGGAAAAUCUUGGAAAACUCGAAAAAAAUUGCAGGAUUUUUCAACUAUUUCUAACAUUUUUUUACAAGGAAAAAAAUCCUUGGUAUUCAAAAAAAGCUGAUUUUUUUCGAAGUUUUUUUAAUUUAUUUUUCCCACUUUUUGAAGUCUUCAAGGCUUCAACCAGAGAAAAAUUUAAUGGAAUAGUUUGAAAAAAAUUUGAAAAAAAUUCCAGGGUUUCCAAGCAUCGAAAAAAAUUUCAAAAAAAUUAAAGAAGAAAAAAAUCUGAUCAAAAGUUUUCAUUAUUAAAAAAAAAUUUUCCGAACUUCUAUCAAUGUUUCUCAUUUAACUAGGGAACACUUAAGGGAAUUAUUUGAAAUUUUGAAAAAAAUUCUAUGGUUUUUCAGUCGUUUUUUUGAUUAAAUCUCGACAAAAAAAUUCAAAAUUUUUGAAAGUUUCAGAAAGAAAAAAAUUUAAUCAAUGAUCUCUUCAAAAAAAUUAUACAAAAAAACUGAUUUUUUUCAAAUUUUUUUAACGAUGUUUUUUUAUUCAUUUUUUUGAAUUUCUUGUGGUUAAUUGAUUUUUUUCAAGAUUUCAUGGAUAUUUUUUUCUACUGAUUUCGGGAAUUUUUUUCCAGUUCUUGGAGGUUUUUUUAAAGGGUUUACAUUAGCUUAAAUUUUUUUAAAUCGAAAUUCAGGUUAGAAAAAAAUCAUUCUAAUUUUUCUUUAUCAAUAGAAAGCUCAAAAUUCGAAAAAAAUGUUUUUAAAUCUCUUUUUUUCUAAUAGAGAACUAGUUAAGAAAAAAUUUUUUUUGAUUUUUUUAUAAAUUUUUAUGAAAUAAAUAAGUUUGUAUAAAAUUAUCCCUUCUUUUUGUCCUUUUUUUAGAUAUUUUUGAAAUUUUUUUAUUUUUUUUUGUCAUUUUUUUCCGAAGAUUUUUUGAAUAUUUUCUAUUUUUCAGAAGAUACGCGAAUAAAUUCGCCGUCGAUCGUCUGAAUAUCUACUACAUUCCUAGAGAAAAAGGCGAUCCAAAGGUUUUUUCUUGGAAUUUUUGGAAAAAAAAAGAGAAAUUCAGAUCGAAGUGGCCCCUGGAGUGAACGCCUGGCUCGGAUUGUAUUUUGCCAUCCGACAAAUGCAGAAUAACGACUUGGCCGUUAAUCUAGGGUGUUAGUUUUGUUUUUUUCGUAUUGAAUUCAGAGAAAUUUUUCAGGAAAAUGUGAAAUUUUUCUAUAAAAAAAUAUGACUGGAAGUUUUUUUGAAAAAAAGCAUUUUUUUGAACUUUUUUUGGUAAAUUAAGAAAAAUUUUUUUAGGAAAAGAGGGAAGUUCCUUUGAAUUUCUCUUUUGAAAUGAAAAAAAUGAUGAAAAAAAUAGAAUUAAAAAAAUUUUUUUACUUGAAAAAAAUCAUGAAAAUUCCUGAAAAAAACUAGAAUUUUUCGAAAAAAAAAUUUUUUGGAUUUUUUUGAAAAAUGAGCUGAAAAUUGAAAUUUCGUUCAUUUUUUUCUUGUGAAAUUUGUGAGAAAUUCUGGAAAAAUUAGUGAAAAAUAUGGUCUUAUUCCAAUUAUAAAAAAAUUUAAAUAUGACUUGUUUUUUUGAAUUUUUCGAAAAAAAUGAAAAAAACCCUUGAAAAAAAAGUAGAUUUAUGAACUAUGUACUCAAUUUAACUAAAAAAACGAAAAUAAAUGAAUUUUUCGUCCAAAAAAAUAAAGAAUAUUGCUAAAAAAAUUUCAAAAAUUCGAAAAAAAAUCCUGAAAAAAAUUGUCUUAUAACAGUCCUGGUUCAACUAAAAAUGACGAAAAAAACUAAUUUUUUUAUCGAUUAUUUUUUUCCAGUGAUCAACGGGUUGUUCUACGAUUUGUACGACACUCUACGAAGAUCCAGAUCGGAAAAGCUGGGAAUUCUCGAUUAUUGUCUCGAAAUUCAGUCCAAUGUGCGUGAUUUAAUGAUUGAAAAAAAUGCUAAAAUACAGGAAAAAAAUUGUAAAUUUUUUUAACUUCUAGCCUUAUAAAAAAAGCGUCAAAAUGGUUCUAGAAUAUAAAAAUAAUGACCUAAAUUGUCUGGUUUUUUUAUUUUUUUGUGCAAAAAAAGAGUUUAUUCAUACACAGGCAGUUAUUUUUUUCAUCGUUGAAGUAAGAAAAUUAUAAUUUUUUUCCUUCAAAAAAAUUUGAAACAGCUUCAUUUUUCUGCCCUUUUUUUGAAUGGAAAAACCCUCUUAUUUUCUUGUAAUUUUUCCUCAUUUUUUUCUGAUUUUUUUCUUCACUUUUUUUCAGUUUUUUUCUCGAAGAAAUCACUAUUAUUUUUUUGAAUUUUUUUGAAAAAAAGUUUGAAAAAUAAUUCUUCAAAAUUUAGUUUAAGCCUGAAAAAAACCAGUUAAUUUGAACGAUAACAGCUGAAAAUAAUAUUUUUUUCUACUUUGAAAUUUUAAAAAAUAUCUUUUUCUGUCAUUUUUUGUAGAGAAAAUGUUCUUAUUUCUUGUAAUUUUUCUCAUUUUUUUUGUUUUUUGGUCAUUGCUCCAGCCUUAUUUUCAAAGAAAUCAGCCUUGUCUUUUUGAAUUUUUUUGAUGAAAUUUUUGGAAAAUAAGCCCUCAAAAAUUAUCUUAAUUCUACACAGGCAGUUAUUUUUUUACCAUUCAAAUCUGAAAUUUAUGAUUUUUUUCCUUAAAAAAAUUGCAAAAAAAUUCCGUUUUUCUGCCAUUUUUUUGAAUGGAAAAUCCUUCUAUUUCUUGUAAUUUUUCCUCAAUUUUCUGAUUUUUUUCUUCACCUUUCCAGUCUUUUUUUCGAAAAAAAGAAGCCUUGUCUUUUUGAAUUUUUUUGAUAACAAUUUGAAAAAAAGAGUCCUCAAAUAUAUCUUAUUUCCACACAAACAGUUAUUUUUCAUCAUUGAAAUGUGAAAAUUGUAAUUUUUCUCCUUAAAAAAUUUCAAAAAUCUUCAAUUUUCUGUCAUUUUUCGAACGGAAAAUCCUCUUAGUUCUUGUAAUUUUUCCUCAUUUUUUUGAUUUUUUUCUUCAGUUUUCUAAGGAAAAUCUCUUUUUGAAAAGACAGUUUUUCUAUUUUUUUCAAAAUCAAAAAAAUGAGCCCAUAAAAGCCCAUAACUGUAUAGAAUCCGAGCUUUUAAUGCUAUUUCCUGAAUUUUCAGCGUCUUCAAACAAAAUUGAUCCUUAAAAACUAUUUCAAACGAAAAAAAAUCUUUCAAAAUUUUAAAAUCAAAGAGUUUUUUCGAUAAUUCAGAGUUUGAGAUUUUUUCAGGCCUCUCCGGAAGAAUUGAAAGAUCUGAAGGAGAGUCUGAGAAAAGGCGAAUACGGGAUCGGCGAAGGAGGAAGGUCCAAAAUCCUGAAACUGAUUCGGAAUAUGCGAGUUUGCUACGAAACGUGCAUCAGAAACCCCAGAAGUAAUAAAUGGUUUGUUCUUCUUUUUUUAACAAGAAAAAAUCCCGAAAAAUCAUGAUUUUCUGGGAAGAAUCCUAGUGUUAAGCGGUCCAUUAAGGACUAUUUGCAAAGGGCACUGAAGGGGUCACUUAAACUACCUCUAUAGAAGCCACUAUUUUGCGUCUAAGUGGUUACUAUAGUAGUUUUCAGUAGUCUAGUAGUACCAAUCAGACUUCUAAAGAGGCCACUAAUUUUCAGCCGCUUAAGUGGUCACUAAUUGGACUACUACAGUAGCCACUAAAGUGUCAAACUUCUGAAGUGGCCACUAAAAAUUUUUCUAUAACGGCUGAGUGGUCACUAUGGGGAAUAGAGCGAAAAGCCGCUAUAAUGAACAAAAGAGUGACCUCCGAAGGCCUCUAAAACUUAAGUGGUCCCUCUAGGGGGUCCAGUGAUUUUCUGUUCAGACUGGAAAGGUAAAAAGAUGCAUUUAAUGAAACUCGAGUGAUUAAUUGAUACUUUUCAUUCAAAAAAAACGAGUUUUCCAUAUAUUAAUAAUUCUUAUCAUACACUCUAACAUUAAACCCCUAGAGUGGCCACUUUUCUUAAUUUUAGUGUCCUUUUUAGGGGUGGUUCCCUUGAGGGGAACUUGAAAAAGCCCCCCUUUUCUCUCUAGCGACCUUUGAGACGUUUCUAGAGUAUUUUUUAUUGAUCUCGACUGAAUUUCACUUAAGGACCUUCUAAUUGAAGAAAAUUGAAAAAUUCCUUGUAUUAAAGGCAUAGGGGCAGUAAAAAACGGUGUUUUAGUUCAAAGCAGUACUUUGUAGAGCUUUUCAUUGCGAAUCGAACGGUGAACUUGGAAACGUAAAGAAGUUCCUUUUGGAGAAAAAAUAAUUCAAAAUCGGAGAGAAGAAAGUUUGAGUUCCCGCGAAAAGGGCACUUUGCAGUAAAGUUGCUCCAAGGACAACAGGCUUCGCCAUUUUUCUGGUUUCCGCUUUUUUCUUCGUUUCUUUCAAUUUUCAAUUUUUUCUGUUGUCACCAAAGUUCUCUUCGUCACAAAUACUUUCUAUUCAUGUAUAAUUUGCAAACUUUGAUCGCAAAAAAGCUUUUCUGGUGAAAAAUGAUGAUUUUUACACAGGUUUCGAUUGGGAUAGCGAAUAUUUGUGUUUUCUUUAUUAUCGGUGUGUGUUUUCUGUUUUCUUAAUCGGUUUUUCAGAGAAGAAACCAUUCAUGUGAAGCAGAAAUCCGGUUAUUUCUCACAAAAUGCGAGUCUAAUGAGACGUCCGCAACAUCGCGUGCACGGCUACUGUAAACAGUUGUCUGCAUGCCGAUCCAAAGCAUUUUUCAUUAAAGGCGGGAAAGUAAAAUCGCGUUUUUCUUCUCAAGUUGUCACAUCUGUAAUUUUUUUGAGUACACCAUUCGAUUCGCAAAGAAAAACUAUACAAGAUACUGCUUUCACCUGAAAUCCCAUUUUUUACUGCCCCUAUGCCUUUAAGUCUUUUUUCGACCCCUCAAAGCCCUCAAACUAGACGAGUUUUGACAUUUUGAAAAAAGGUCAUUUAAGGGUUUUUCUUCACAACUUGGAAGAUAUUUAUUAUUUUGGAAUCAGAAUGUACGAAACAUUUCCUUGGAAGCAGAACUUUUGGAACGGAUUUUGCGAUGAUUACUUUUUCAAAAUCGAUAUUCAAAAUUUCUUUUUUCUUCUUCUUAUUUUAACUUUUCUGUUCGAAGUAACGACGAUUCAUUUUUUCAAGCCAGAUUAUUCGAAAAAAGGGCUUUAUUUUAUUCAGAUUUAAGUACGAAAACAGGAAAAAAAGCCAAUUUUUUUUUUUGAAGUUUUCAAGCCAAAAUGAAGUUUAACAAGUUAUUUAUCAAUUAAAAAAAGACGUUUACAUCAAGAUUUCAAUACGAAAAACGAAAAAAAGUGUAAAGUGUUAGAAAAAAAGCAGAAAAGAGUCUACCGUAACUUGGGAUUUUUUUCGUUCUUUCGCUUUGAGACCCUUCGAAAAACACGAGUCUCGAAGCGCAAUUCACACCAAAAAGUCAUAAGGUUUCCAUGCAGGACGAAGAAAAUAUUCAGAAAAAAAAGUUUUUGAAACUUAAAUAACCAAAUUUUUAGAAAAUCGGUCCUCGAAACUGUCGAAUUGAUAAUAUUCGAAAAUCAGUUCGAAUUCGAAAAACUGAAAAACUAGACAGCAUAAAAAAUCAGAUCACUUUCCAAUGACAUACUUUUUUAUCCUUAUUGAAAAAGAAGAAAAUAGAAUUCAGGGAUGUUGUUGAACGACAUGGAAUCAUCGUCGACAUUGCCAAACAAACGCCGAAAAGUUAUUUUUUUACGACCAAAAAAACGACGAUGGAUGCGGUUUUUCUACAUGUGUGGGAGCAAGAUCGAGUCCGUUACUUAUAAUAAUUAUUUCUACUAGAAAAAAAGAAUUUUUUUCAAGUCGGAUAAUUCGAAAAAAAUAGGGCUUUUUUUCAGAUUUUUUUGUACAAAAAAACGUAAAAAGGCAAAUUUUCAAGUUUUUUUAAGCCAAAUUGAAGUUUAAAAAGAUAUUUUUUUAAUUAAAAAAAGACGUUUACAAGAAGAUUUCAAUACAAAAAAACGAAAAAGAAAUCAUUUUUCGGAUAAGAUAAAAAGUCUAUUUUUUACACAUUUUUUUGAAAAUUUUAAGUUUAAAAAGUGAUUUUUUUCAACGAGGAAAAAUUUUUUUAAUCCAAUUUUUUAUAGAAAAAGAUGUUUUUUUCCUUGAACAUUUUAGCCAUUUAUUCGAUUUUUUUGGAAGUUAGGAAUGAUUUUUCUAUGAAAAAAAUUAUACUGAAAAAUUUUUUUAAGGCUCUUUAUUAACCUUUUAAAAAAAUAUGAAUCUCAUAGAUAUAAAUAAAUGAAUAAAAUUAAAGUCAAUUUUUUUCAAAUUUUUCAGCUUUUUUUGAAAGGAUUUUUCAACAGUUUUUUUGCGGCAGAAAAAAAUAUUUUUUUGAGAUUUUUUUCAAAUUUUCAGCUUCUUUAAGGUAAUUUCCAACGUACUUUUUCUAUUUUUUUACGACUUUAAUCUUCAAAAAAAUAAAAAAAAUAAGACUCAGAGUAAUGGUUUUUCUUUUUCAAAUUUUGACACUUGAAAAAAAUAAUAAAUCAUCUUUUUUCGCGGAUCUUUUGACUGAAAAUUGAAGAUUUUUCUUUUUUUCAACCAAUUUCCAGAUACCCAACACUGCCUUGUCUCAUUUUGAAGCAAAGCAAAAAGUCGGAAGAUUUGCAUCACGCCCCCCUUUGCAAGGUGACCAUCAACGAGACGGCCCAGAAAUUCCUCAAUUCCAUGGAUACGAACAUGAAAAUCAAGUUUAUACAGGUAGGGGUUUGGAAAUGGAAGUAUUAGGAAGAUUAUAAAUUUGCUGAAAAAAUUAAUUUUCAAAAAAAAUAAAUCAGGUUUCGGGGUCCAAAAGAACCUUAAGAAGCUCAAGAACCUCAACAAAAUUUCCUCUUUCCAAAAAAGUGCGAAAAAGUGGUACUACGCUCAACAAUUUUAGUGACCACUUAAGGGUUUUCACGUUUUGGUGGCCAUUAUAGUAGUCAAAUAAGUGACCACUUGAGUGACUUAAAUUUAGUGGUUUCUUCAGAAGUCUAGGUGGUACCACUGGACCCUUGAAUACUACUAUAGUGACCACUAGAACGGAAAAUAGUGGCCACUAUAGAGGUGGUUCUAGUGACCACUUUAGUGUCCUCACCAAGAACUCCUUGAGGAACCCCUUAAGUGACCAUUCGAGUUUUUCCAGGUACGAAAAUCCAUUUUAUUCAGGUAUAAUUUCGGAUAAGGGAAGGUUGGGAAGUUGACCGAAAAAUUGAAAUUUUCAAAAAAAAAAAUUCAGGUUUCGGGGUCUAAAAGAACCUUAAGAAGCUCAAGAACCUCAAAAAAAUUUCCUCUUUUCAAAAAAGUGCAAAAAAGUGGUACUACGCUGGAACAAUUUUAGUGACCACUUAAGGGUUUUAAAGAUUUGGUAGCCACUAUAGUAGUCGAAUAAGUGACCACUUACGUGGCUAGAAUUCAGUGGCCUCUUCAGAAGUCUGAUUGGUAAACUGGAUCAAUGAAAACUACUACAGUGACCACUAGGACGCAAAAUAGUGACUUCUAUAGAGGUGGUUCAAGUGACCACUUUAGAGUCCUCUCCAAAUAGUCCUUGAGGAACCUCUUAAGUGACCACUAGAGUUUUUCUAGGUUAAAAAAUCGAGUUUUUUUUCAGGUAAAAUAAAUUCAGGUCCAAGAGAUGUUUUAAGAAUCCAAAAAGACAAAACGUGUUCUUUGAGUUUUAAAAAAGGUACGAAAAAAUCGUAUUACCCUAGGAAAAAUUCUAGUGGACACUUUAGGGUUUUGACGUUCUAUUGGCCACUACAGUGGUCGAAUAAGUGGCCACUUGAGUGGAUAAAAUUUAGUAGCCGCUUUAAAAGUCUAAUUGGUACUACUAGAUCAUCAAAACUACUAUAGUGACCACUAGGACGCAAAUUACUGACUUCUACGGAUGUGGUUCAAGGGACCACUUUAGUGUCCUCUCCAAGUAGUCCUUCAGCAAUUUUUUAAGGGAUCCGGGUUACAGUAAGUGCCUGCGUAUCUAAGUAUUGAUGAGUUUUUCCUAGGCAAGUGAUAUAUCAAUCGAUAGGUAAUCAACUUUUAGCAACCUUUUCAGUACUCACCAUCUUGGGUUACUGUAGGAAUUUUUUGAGAUACGGUAGUUUUUAUGUUUGCAAAGUUGGUUUUUGUUUCUCGGUAAAGUUACUACUUGAAAAAAUUGGUUAUUUUAUUAGAUUUUAGUAAUUUUGAAGCUUUUCCCUUCGAAAAAAAAUGUUCCAGGGAGCCACAAGAGACCCCCAUAUCCACCAUCAAAUGACGAAAGAUAUGAUGAAUAUGAUGGAAUUCGACACGACGAAAUCCAUCAAUUUCCUCGACGCUUUUAAGGUAAAAACUGUUGAAAAAUGGCGAAAAUUAUCCAUUUUUAGGUGGAUAUCUCGACGAAAAUGGUCGAAUGCCAGGGAAAAGUCCUCAAAGCGCCAAAUUUGGUCAAUGGGGUCGGUUUUACGGAAUUAUUUGAGUUAUAUCCAGCAUAUUUUCAACUUUUUCGAGGUUUUCAAAAGCUUUCUUAAGAACGCCAGAGUGGCCACUAGAGGGGUUUAGCUGGGUUUCCUUUAGGGGCUCUUAAGCUUGAAAAAGUGGCCACUUGAGGGGGACAUGCUACUGAUUUUCAUACUUAUUUUCAACUUCAAACCAUAAAAAAAUUAAAAGUCAUUGUAGGGACCACUUGAGCUUUAGGAGCUUCAGAAUCAGAUCUGAAGUCCCUAUAGGAAACACUUGGAUUUUACCCCUCUAGUGAGGACUAUUUUGUCCCCUAUAGGGUCUGCUUUUCCCCUAACCCCUCCAGGGACCACUCCGAAGUUUCAAGGCUGGAAAAAAAAUUUUCCCUACGAGACCUCUUUCUGAUUUUGUCUAUGCGCCUUUAAUUAGCCAUAAUUAAUUUUUUGCAGAAAGGAAAGGCGAUUGAAAUCCUGCCGGAACGGACUUUCCGCGAGAAAGUUUUUGAACAGUUGGUUUUUAUUUUUUUGAAGCUUCUAAAUGAAAAAAAAAUCGGUUUUUAAUAAUUUUCUAAUAAGCUUAUUUAAAUUUAAAAAAUGUAUCAUAUUUAAUUUUAGAAGUGAAAAUUUGAAUCUGCUUUUUUGAGCCAUUCCAAAUGCGGUCAUUGUUCAAACCACGCCCCUUGCGACUCAAAAUAGUCGAAAAUCGGCUCUGAGAAAGUAUCCUUACGAGACCUUUACAAAAAUUUGCCUAUGCGCCUUUAAAUAGCCAUAACUGCAAUGAACCGUUGGUACAAGAAUUUCAAAUUUCGUUUUUGAAGGUUUUUUUGAAUUAUUAACACAGUUACUUGGCAUAUUGUGUAACGUUUUAACCUAGUUACUGUGAGGCUCCGCCCCCUCACUGGAUUACGGUAUGAUUUUAAUUCGAAUUUCAGCGGUCCCGGGUAAAAGUUUGACGUUCGCUGUGAUCGUGAUCAAUAAAGAGAACGGCGAACCUUGCGUCGUACCAGAUUCUGCCGAGUGAGAAGUCUGAAAAUCACAGAGAACCUUAUAUAGUCAAUCCAUGUAGUUCAAAAAAAUGGAUAGAAUUAGCAAAAUUGCGAUUCUCUAAUUUCAAAAAAAUGAGCUUUUUCCUUGAUUGAUUUUGAAGAAUUUCUAAAGGUAUCACUUGAAAUUUAUUCAGAAAGGAUUCUUAAUUUUUUUACGAAGUUUCUACUUUUUUUAAGGAAUAAUUGAGAGACCCCUAUAGGGACCACUUGAGCUUGAGAAUCAGAUCUGAAGUCCCCAUAGGGACCACUUGGGUUUAACCCCUCUAGUGGGCACUAUUUUGCACCUCUUUAAGAGGUGUUUUUCCCCAUACCCCUCUAGGGACCACUCUGAAGUUCUACUCUCUCAGGGAUCCUUAAGUUCUUGAAAACCCUUGAGUGGUCACUAGAGAGGUUAGAGGAAAAAGCCCCAUUUAUGGGACAAAACAGUGCUUUAAAGGAGUAUAUAUUAGGUGAUCGCUAUAGGAAUUUAUAGUCUGCUCCCUUAAGUGGUCCCUAGAGCGACUUUUUUUUUUUAAUUUUAUGAUUUUUUUUUUCGGAUAAAAAGACGGAAAAAACCGCUAGUAUACUUCUUUAAAGUGACCCCUUUUGCAAGGUUAGGAAUCCUAGGGAACCUACAAGAGCCCCUCUAGUGACCACUCUGGCGUUCCUGAGUAAUUUUUCUACUUUUCUUUUUCAGGAGGAAUAUAGUCCGUUCAGAUUUUGGAUGUCAAGUAGAAUGACGUCAUUCGAAAACACUCUGUGGAUGACUCGCUCUCUGAUUGGUUCAUCGCGCCAUUAGGGGGGCGGAGCUUGAGCGACGACUUGACAUUUGAAAUCUGAACAGACUAUAAUCAACGACGGAAAAGAGAAAUUGUAAUAGAGAUUUUUGAUAUCAUUCCUUGAUAUAGUCAAUCCUUCUCGACUUGAAAGGCGAGAUGGGAAGGGUGGCGCGUUGCGUACGCGACGCGGCUUUUGGCGGGUAACGUAAAUUUAAACGCGAGCUACUUUUUUCAAUAUAUUUCUUUUUUUAAUGGUUUUAUUAACCGGUUUCGAAAUAAUUUAGUUAACCGAUUUAAAAUAUUGAAAUAAUAAAAAAAUAAUAAAACACAUACCAGCCUAUCCAUCUCGCCUUUCAAGUCGGGAAAUAUUUACUAUAAUCUGAUUUGAAGAUGAAGAAACUUGAAGUUUCAAAAUGUUUUUCUUGCAGAGUUUUCUUCCACAAACUCGAAUUCGCGAUGAAAGACCGUGGGAUGACCCUCGCCGACCCUGCUUUACACAUUGUAAAAUCAUUAUUUUUAUUUUCUUCUUCAGAACAUUUUAAGGUCUUGAAAACCUUUUCGUCUUUUUUUUUAAAUUUGAAGCGUCUACUUAUAAGGAAAAUGAGCAGCUUUUUGUUGGGUCUUACUUUAAAAGAAUUUUUUCGGAUAUUUUUCUUGAAAAGUAGUUACAAAGGCAAAGUCGGAUAAGUCGGAAAAGGCUCCUUUUUUGCUGCCUUUUUGCGCCUAUUUAUGGGCUGUUAUGCACCAUUUUUGCUGCCUCUGUCUUUUUCUACCAUUUCUUGAGCCUUUUUGCUGCCUUUUUGCUGCCUUUCUGCUGCCAUUUUGCUGCCUUUUUGCACCCUUUCGGCACCCUUUUUAGUGCCUUUCCCUUUUUCCACUAUUUCUUGAGCCCUUCUGCUGCCUUUUUGGUGCCUUUUUGGUGCCUUUUUGCUACCUUUUUGCUGCCUUUUUGCUGCCUUCCUGCAGCCUUUUUUCUGCCUUUCUGUGACCUUUUCGCUGCCUUUUUGCAGCCAUUUUGCAGCCUUUUUUGAGCCCCUCCCUUUUCGCAGCCAUUAUCCACCAUUCCGACUUUGCCCGAGUAAAAAUCUUCUUUUAAAUGAUCUGCCCUUCUCAGUAUUUUUUUUUAAUACUCGUUCCCAGUUCUACCCGGCGGUCAAUUGUUUCAACCAGGGAGACGGAAGACCACAUUUUUCCGACGUUAUCCAGGAAAUCACGGCCUCGUGAGCUUUAAAUAGUUUUUUUUGGUAAUUUUCAAGAUUUUGAGAUUCCGCGGCAAUCCGAAACACGAGAACAAAGAAUUGAUUUUCAUCGUGAUGGUCCCGAAAGCCGAAUAUGCACGGGCCGAGUAUUACGGUGAGGAUUGGAAUUUUCGAAAAAUCUCAAUUUUCGAGAGAAAAAAAAUGAAUUUAUAAUAGAAAACGUGCCGAAAAAUCCUAAUUUUUAUUUGAAAAAGAAAAUGAAAAUAUUUUUGCGUGAAGAAAGUGCCAGAAAAAUGCGAUUUUUGAUAUAAAAAAAGGAAGAAAAUAAGAAUUUCUAGUAGAAAAAGUACCCAAAUAUAUUAAUUUUGAUUCCAAAAAAAAUAAUUUUUGAUCGGAAAGGAACCAAAAAUCCUACACUCGAUUUUUCAAAGGAAAAAAAAAUAAUUCCGAAUAAAAAAAUUGCAAAAAAUGCGGAGUUCAAUUCAAAAUCUUGUGGAAAAUUGGGAAGGUCGGAAAAAGAAAAAAAGACUGAUAAAAAAAUAUUUUUUUAUCAUUAGUUUCGAUCAAAACAAAAUUUCCUGAAAAUGGGUGAAAAAAAUAGCACCAAAAAGGAACCUUUUUGCACCCUUUUCUGAACAUUUUCAGUAACUCCUGACAAGGAGGUCAUUUCAACUUUUUGUCGGGAAUUUUUUUCGAAAAAAAUCGCCAGAAUAUUCCUUGAUGGUCCGAAAGAAGAUUCUGAGAGUUUCAACUUGUAAAAAUUCCUAAUUUUCGAGAAAUGACUUUUUAAAGUUGAAGAAAACCUUCAAAAUUUGUUAAAAUAUGCUAUUUUUUUGGGCUUUGAGCCCUCGUUUCUCGGAAACUAGGAAUUUUUUUGAAGGUUGAAACUUUCAGGAUUUUUUUCUGGUACAUCAAGGAGAAUUCCGGACAAUUUUUCAAGAAAUUCCUAACCCUAAACCUCCUUAUAAAAAAACCUUUGAGAAAAAAAUUUUUUCAGAAAAAAAAAUUUUUUUCUAGGCUAUAUAAAAAAACGUGUGCGACCACCAAUUCGGUUUCGUUAGCCAGGUGAUCGUCUCGGAAAACGUCCAUCUUUAUUCCAAAGAUCCGGCUCCGUUGGUAGAACCCUAAAAUCCAGAAAUCUAACCAUUUUCUAGGAAGAAAAUGCAGUUGUUCUACCAGGUCGCCCUGAAACUCAACGCCAAGUUGGACGGCAUCAAUCAGGAAAUCGACUUUUCCGAAGAGUUGGUCUUUUUUUUCCAUUCUGAAAUGUUGAUUUUUGAGAAUUUUCAGUGAAGGUUUGUGACAGUAAAAGGGUCAUUUUUGGGCAAGAGUAGGGUCACUUUUAGGCUAGAAAACGGUCAUUUUCGGGCAGAAAAAGGGUCAUUUUUGGGCAAUAAAGGGGUCAUUUUGAGGCAGGAGUUUUCGACAACAGUAGGGCCACUUUCGGGCAAGAAACGGGUCAUUAUUAAGCGAGAAAAGGGUCGAUUUCGGGCGGAAUUUUUCGACAAGAAUAGGGUCACUUUUAGGCUAGAAAAGGGUCAUUUUCGGGCACGAGAGAGGAAAUUUUUGGUCAAGAAACGGGUCAUUUUCGGGCGGUAUCUUCUGCCAAAAAAUGGCGGGUCGUUUUGAGGCAGGAAAAGGGUCAUUUUCGGGCAAAAAAAAGGGUCAUUUCGAGGCAGGAAAAGGGCCAUUUUCGGGCAAAAAACAGGUCAUUAUUAAACAAGAAUAGGGCCAAUUUUGAGCGGUUUUUUUUUGACAAGAAAAAGGCCUUUUUGAGACAGGAAAGGGUCAUUUUUAGUCUAGAAAAGGGUCUUUUGUAAGCAAGAAAAGGGUCAUUUUCAGGCGGGAUUUUUCGACAAGAAUAGGGUCAUUUUCAGGCAAGAAAUGUCGCCGGAGGAGAAAGAAAAACGGAAAAAGUUGCCACGACGGAUGUUCGUCGGCGUCGACGUCACCCAUCCGACCCAAGACAGUGGAAUCGACAUCUCCAUCGCCUCCAUCGUCGGAAGUAUCAACCUCGGUGGAACAAAGUCAGGGAUUUUUCUGGGGAAAUUUUAAUAAAAAAACGGAAAAUUUGAAUUUCACUGGAAAAAUGACAGAUUUCAUUUUUGAAAAAUGCUUCUUUAUGAUUUUUUGUGUAAAAUUAGGCACAAAAAUCCUUUCAAAAACGAAAUUUUGGUGUAUUUGCUCUUAAAAUAUAUUUUUGGAGUCGAAAUCUCAUUUCUCUACGACUCUCUCAUUUUUUCAUGCUAUUUUCUAGUCCAAUCGACCUUAGAGGGAGAGAAAAGAGAGCGCAGACAGGUCAGAAAGUUUCAAUUAAAAAAACUGUAAAAAAAUACGUACUUAAAGUGGUCACUAUAGGGGUCUUCAAAAGAUCACGAAGUCGACAAAAUAGUGCUCCCUAGAGGACUGAAGUUUAGGUGGUCACUAUAGGGGACUUUUUUUGAUUUUUUUGGGAAAAAAAUAAAAAAAUUUAGUUAUUACCGCUGUUUCUCUGAACAUGGAGAAGAACUGAAAUUCAUAUUUUUUUCGAUUUUUUUACGAAAUUUUUAUUUUUCAAAAAAAUUGUGGUAAUUUAUUAAUUUCGCUGGGAAAAAUUUCAGAUUUUUUUAAAGAAAUUUUUUUCGCUCCGGAAACUAUUUUUACUGUGCCUUUUUUUGAAGUGAAAUGAAUAUUUUUUUCGAUCAAAUUUUUAGAAUAUAAAUUUAUUGCUAAUGUCGCACGUGUUCUACAUGUAAUAAAACCUCGAUUAACUUUUUUUAUCUCAAGUAGAUUUGAAACAGUAAAAACUUCUAUAAAUUUUUCAGAAUUGAAAAACUUUUAGGAACGCGAGAGUGGUCACUAGAGGGCUCUUGCAGGUUUCCCUCUAGGGACCACUUUAUUGAUUUCCAGAGGGGGCUUGCAGAAGUGGCCACUCUAGGAGUUUAAGUUAGUGGUCCUCAGAGAAAAAAAAAUUGACCCAAGCGUAAAGAAAAAAUUCAAAAAUUGAAAAAUCACUAUAGGGACCAUUUAGAGGGCUCUAAAGCUUACAAAAGUGGCCACUCUAGGAGAACAUGCUAAUGGUCGCUAUGUCCUUUUAACUUUCAAACUACAACCAAAAUUAAAAAGGCUCUUUAGGGACCACUCAAACCUACUAUAAAAAUCAUCUUAAUUUUAUCCCUCUAGGGGUCACUACAGGAGCUUUUUCUAACCCCUCUAGUGACUACUCUAGCGAUCUUAAGAAUUUUGUUUGUCAAAUAAAAAUGUAAUAUUAAUUUACAGUGAAGUCUUAUUCAAUCUGAGAAACGGGAAAGUGAGUUAUUCAGAUAUCGAAACUCGGUUCUGGCGCAAAUGAAACCGAAAGAAACGGUCGAAGUGUUCCACUAUCAGUUCAGUGAACUCAUCACCGAAUUCAAAAAGGUUCAAAAAGCCGAAAAAAUUGAUGAUUUCCCUAUCAGAACAUGGGCGAUUUACCGGAACACGUGAUCGUUUUCCGCGACGGGAUCAGCGACUCGGAAAUGGUCCGGACCGCCACUAUCGAACUUUCCCAUUUCAAGUUGGUUUUUUAAAGAGAAAAAAUAAUUUUUUUGGAUCCUGUAAGUCUCUGCGAAUUCAUGAACAUAUAUUUCCAUUAAAUUUAGUUUUAUAUUGUUUUUUUAUAUGAUAAAUCGGUUCAAAUGACAUAAUAGUCAGGAAAAAAUUGGAUUUUUAAAGGGAAUAUUUCUAGGGGUCACUUAAGGGACUAAAUGGUAUACUACUACUCGGAAAAUUUUUAGUGGCCGCUUAAGGGUUUCCUCAAGUACUACUUGGAGAGGACACUGAAGUGACCACCAGAAAAAACUUUAUUUAUUAUUUUGCGUCUCAGUGGGUGAAGGAUACAACGGUGGAGCAAAAUUACCUCUAGUGUGUUGGGAAAUUUUAGUGGGCUCUUAAGGGUUUUGACUUUUCAGUAGCCACUUUAGAGUUCUCUCCAAGAAGUCCUUUUUGAGUCCCUUAAGUGGCCACUAAAAAUUUUCCCAAUGAGCUUCUCAACUUCUCAGUGGUCGAGUUGAACUAUUUAGCCUCUUAAGUGGUCACUAAUUCGACUACUACAGUGACCACUUGAACUUUUAAACCCUCAAGGGGGCACUAAACAUUUUCUCAGUGAAAUUAAUUUUAAAGAAAAAUCUCCGAUUUUCUGUAAGGCCGUGUUCAGAGAAAUUUGAGCGAAUUUCAAUUUUUUUCUUUGCGUCUCCAAAAAUUUAAUUAUGUUUUCCAUUCUCUGACGGUUUUUUUUGAAUUUCACGGGUCCACUUUGAUCACGGUAUAAAAUGGCAGAAAUUUUAUUUUUUUAAAGGAAAGGUCCUCUAGUGAACACUUGAGGGAUUUUUUUUUCAAAUAUUAUUCCAGAAAAAAAUUGAAUACCUUUUGGGAAUGGUUGCUCUAUUGCUAAAAUUUGAAUUUUUUUAGAGUAAUUAACUAUUUUUUUAUGUUCAUUUUUGAAUACAAUUUGAAAGAAAUACGCUCUAAAAACGGAAAAAAAAACGGAAUUUUCGACUUUUGAUCGAUUUUUAAAGCUUUAGGUGUAUUUUUCUCACAUAGGAACAGUUUUUGAGCUUUCUGGAACCUUUUUUUCUCCAGCUUUUAUCGAAAAUCCAACUUCAGAAAACACAUGAUCGCCCUUUUUGGGGAUAGUUGCUCCAUUGCCAAAAUUUGAAUUUUGAAGAUAAUUAACUAUUUUUUUGAAUUUUCAUUUGAAAGAAAUACGCUCCUUUUUGAGCUUUUUCGGUUUUUUGAAGUUCCUAGUUGUUUUUUUCACAUCGGAACAAUUUUUGAGCUUUCAGGAACCUUUUUUUCAUUAGCUUUCAUGGAAAAUUCAAUUUCAGAAAACAAUUGAUCGCCCUCCUGGGAAGAGAUGCUCUGCUGCCAAAAUUCACCUACAUCGUCGUCCAAAAACGACACACGACCCGUUUCUAUGAAAUCGACGAGGAAAUGGAAAAAACCGACGAAAAUCCCAUGCAGUUUGAAUAUUUUUCGCUUUUUUGGAAGCAAAUAAGGAAUUUUCAGACUGAAAAACGUGAAAUCUGGAACGAUCGUCGACGAAAUGGUCGUUUCCCGGAUGAACUUCGAUUUCAUGCUCGCUUCUCAUCACGGAGCCUUGGUUGGUUUCGGGAAAACAUGUUUUUCAAUAAAUGGCCGCAUUUGGAAUGGCUUUUUCUUCCUUCAAAUGGAAAAAAAAAAUUAAAAAACGGUCAGAAAAUUAAUUUUCGAGUUCAUUCCAAAUUUUAUCAAUAAACGGUAGAUUUUCAUAACUGGUCAGUAAAAAAUCAAUUUUUUUCAACGAAUUGGCCGCAUUUGGAAUGACCUUUUCUUCUACAUAUUGAGGCAGAAGGACAAAUUAUCAAAAAGCGUCCUGAAAGGAGUUUUUGAUGUUAUCCUGGAUUUUUUUUUUCCAAUAUAGAUCGUGAAAAUAAUAAAUCGCACCGAAAUGGCCGCAUUUGGAAUGACCUUUUUCUUCUAAAAUGAGAAGGAAAGACAGAAAAGCAAUUUAAAAAUGCGACCAGAAAAACUUAUUUCCACAUUUUUUUCCAGAUUUUUAACAUAAAGAGAUUAUUGGUUUAUUCGAAAACUUGCUGAAAAUUGAAAAUUAGUAAAAAGACCGCAUUUGGAAUGGCUUUUUUUCUUCAAAGGUUAAGUGACAGAAAACCCAUAGAAAGUGAUUUGAAAAAGUCCGCUUCUACUUUUUUUCUCACUUUUUUUAUCAUUGAUAUCAUGUCCAUUUUUUUAAAAAGAUCAUUCAUCAAAUUUAUCAAAAAAACGUCCGCAUUUGGAAUGGCUUUUCUGGCAACUGCUUGAAAAAAACUGCAAAAUUUGCGAAGUUAUGAAAAUGAAGGAGACAUUUUUCCAGGGAACCACUCGUCCUUGCCAUUACCAUGUGAUCUACGAUGAAGCGGCUAUGAAAAAAACAAGACAUUUAUGUAAGUUUUUUUAAUUUAAAAUGCAAAGAUGGCGGAAAAAAAGAUUUUUAUUUUUUUCGAAAUUUUUUUAAAAAAAUCCAUAUCUAACUAGUUACGAUUUUUAGAUAAGGAAUCAAUUAAUAAAAAAACAAGGAUAAUGUUUUUUUCCAAAAAGAUCUCCUUUCAGUCAUACAUGGGAUGAGCAUGACUGGCGACAGCCAAGCCCCCCUUAAUGCCAAGCCUUACCCCCCUUAAUGCCAAGCCUUACCCCCCCUUAAUGCCAAGCCUUACCCCCCUUAAUGCCAAGCCUUAACCCCCCUUCCACUUAAUGCCAAGCCUUACCCCCCUUAAUGCCAAGCCUUACCCCCCCCUUAAUGCCAAGCCUUACCCCCCUUAAUGCCAAGCCUUAACCCCCCUUCCACUUAAUGCCAAGCUUCCCCCUUAAUGCCAAGCCUUACCCCCCCUUAAUGCCAAGCCUUAACCCCCCCUUAAUGCCAAGCCUUACCCCCUUAAUGCCAAGCCUUACCCCCCCUUAAUGCCAAGCCUUACCCCCCCCUUCCACUUAAUGCCAAGCUUCCCCCCCUUAAUGCCAAGCCUUACCCCCCUUAAUGCCAAGCCUUAACCCCCCUUCCACUUAAUGCCAAGCUUCCCCUUAAUGCCAAGCCUUACCCCCCUUAAUGCCAAGCCUUACCCCCCCCUUAAUGCCAAGCCUUAACCCCCCCUUCCACUUAAUGCCAAGCUUCCCCCUUAAUGCCAAGCCUUACCCCCUUAAUGCCAAGCCUUACCCCCCUUAAUGCCAAGCCUUAACCCCCCUUCCACUUAAUGCCAAGCUUCCCCCGCCCAACUUAAUGCCAAGCCUUACCCCCAACUUGAUGCCAAGCCUUACCCCCCUGUUUUUUUCCUUUUUUUCCGAUCAUUUUGAACUGAAAAAAAUUUUGGUUCUUUUUUUAAAUGGUUUUUUUAACGGUUUUUCUGCCAACUAUCCCAUGUAUGGUUGCAGAAUUUUCUAGCAAAAAAAUGUUUGAUUGAAGUUUUUUUCAAAUCUUGUUCAUUUUCAACAAAAACGUUUCCAGGAACUCUGCUACAACCUGUGUUUCCUGUCGGCCAGAGUUCGCAAACCGAUCUCCCUACCAGCCCCUGUUCACUACGCCCACAUCGUCUGCGAAAAGGCGAAAAACAUCUACAAGUACCUGAGAAGGUAUUCAUCAAAGAAAAACCAUUGGGAGCUCAUAAAAAACUUUCAAAAUGCUUUCUCAGCGCCUUUUACAGCUUUUGUUGAUAAAGAUUUGUUCGAAAAAAUCAAAAUGAGAUCCAAAAAAGACCGAAAAGUCUGGGAAAAGUUGUUGAAAAAUAGAAAACGAAGCGAUUUUUGAACCUUGCUGGGACUUGAUUUUUUUUUGAUAGGGUUUUUUAAAAGUUUGUGAACCCUGUAUUGUUUCAGUUACGUAUUGAAAAAGAGAAAAAUCAUUGACAAAAUUUAAGAAACAAAUCUUUAUUUUGAAAAACAAAUAAGAAAUCAAGUACUUUCCGUACCUUUUUCAGAAUUUUUUUCCCCCUUUUUUUAGGUUUUUUUAAAGUUUUUUUAUGUAUUCUCUCUAUUCCAAUUUAGGGAUUCGAUACAGAAAAAUCAAUAAAUAAAAAGAAAACUCAUUUUUUUCAAUGAAGAUAUGGAUGAGAAUGAAGCGGUUUUUUUGUACCUUUGAAACGAAAUUUUUUUCAAUUUUUUUCAGGCUUUCAGGCUUCUUUGAGCUUUUUCCUAUGUUUGAAAUUGAUGAUUAAAAUAAUAAAAAAAUAUUUUUUUCCAGAAAAUAUCCGUCCGAGAUGCUCACCGCUACGUUCAUCGAAGAGCAACUGAAACAGCACAAAAAUUAUCCCGGAAUGCAUUUUGUGUAA